CCACGGAAAAGACCACAGAUAUUUACACCAGUAUUACCGCUGUGAAGGGGACGAAUGAACUCGGCAAAACAGUUUUCAUUUCCAACGAGGGAGCCGCUGGAAAAUAUUCGUCUUUUCUCCUGAACUUGUAAAUUUUUUCGACACAUUUUUGACGCCACUGGAUUUAAUUUAUCAAGCUAAAGGGAGAGGGCUCAUUUCCAGUGGGAACCUCUGAUCCACCGCCCGGCUGCUAAUCCAACCACCCGGUUGAUAACUCAUGAGCUCACAUCCUUGUGCCCUGAUAUGUCGGUGAUAUGGGAGAGUGGUGGACGACUGUGCCAAUAGAGAGUUCUCUUGGAAAUUUUGACAUCUCCAGCAUAUCUCAUGCGACCAUGUCUCCCUCCAAACAGAACAAUCUUUUGUCGAUGUACUCAUCUUUAUCUCUGUCCAAAAGCUCCUACAGUGUCAUAAGUGCCUUUUGCACAGAGGAUAACAUUCCACAGUGCAUUUCAUACAUCAACCAGGAGCUUGCCUCUCUGGGCCUCUCCUCCACAUGUAUCGAGGCCAGCUCACCAGGGGCAGCUGGUCUGAACCCAGUGCCAGCUCUAAAUGCCACGUAUGAACUGCUACAGAUUCACAGACGCACUAUGUGCAGUUUAGAGGAACUUGAGAGAGAACAACUCAAGAAAUCCAGCACUUUAGAACAUGUGCAGAUGAACAAUUCCAGACUCAAGGAUCAGUUGGAGCUGUCAAUAAGGGAGAAGUCAGGUCUUCAUGAGAUGGAGAGACAGCUACAACUAAAAAUCAAGACUUUGCAGAGCUGCCUAAAAACAGAAAAGGAUGAGGUUCAGAAGCUCCAAAAUAUCAUUGCCAGCCGUGCUUCUCAGUACAGCCACGAUGCUAAGAGGAAAGAGAGGGAAACCGCAAAGCUCAAGGAGCGUCUCAGCCAACUACUGGUUGAUAGAAAGGACAAAAAAUUGGCUAUAGAUGUGCUGAAUUGUUUGGGGCGAUCUGAUGGAAAGAGGAGUCACUGGAAAACUGCUAAAGCAGCAGCGAGCCAUGAGGGAGAGAUGUACAAGUCCUUGCUAAGUGACUAUGAGGCGAGUCAGAGGUCCUUGAUGCUGGAAAAUGCAGAGCUGAAAAAAGUCCUUCAGCAGAUGAAAAAGGAGAUGAUACAUGUCCUUAGUCCACGCCAACCCUCUAUCAGAGGAGCUACUGCUGAUGACAGCCAAGAGCAGGCUGAUUCUGAUUUGGAGGACAGAGCAGGUGACUCCAGCAGGGGAUCCUUGGAUAAAUCCUGUGAACAUGCAAGGGAGCAACUGACCAACAGUAUCCGCCAGCAGUGGAGAAAACUGAGGAACCACAUGGAGAGAUUAGACAGCCAAGCAUCUCAGGUGCAGAAUCAGCUGGAGUCCAAUAAGGAUGUGAUCUCAAGGGAGACGCAUGAGGAUGAGAUGGAGAGGAUGAGACGGGAAGUGCAGCAGUGCAAAGAGUUUAUCGAUGCACAGCAGCAGCUCCUCCAGCAGCAGCUCAACACUUCUUUUGAUGAUGAGACGGCUGCUCUGCUUAAUGACUGCUACACACUGGAGGAGAAAGAGCGGCUCAAAGAGGAGUGGAGGCUCUUUGAGGAACAAAAAAGAAACUUUGAGAGAGAGAGAACGAACUUCACAGAGGCUGCUAUUCGCCUUGGGCGAGAGAAAAAGGCCUUUGAGGAGGACCGUGCCUCUUGGCUGAAAAAUCAGUUUUUGAACAUGACUCCCUUUACAGACCGUAGGAGAUGUUCUUCAUCUGAUGGUCAGAGCGCACUAUCAAUUAGAAGUGAACCUGAGAUGCGGAUGUCUUCCAGUAAAGUUCAGCUCCCCAAAUCAUCAACCUACACUUCUUUCUCCACUCCUAAACCUGCACCAAGUGCUACUGUGCCAUCGACAACUGAACUGUAUCGGACACUCCGCCUCAUACCAGACCCCAGCUCCACCAGACAUUCAAGUCAUGGACGCUGGCACGAGUCGAGUACCAUUGAAGAUGGAGAGUCUCAGGUCAAAGCCAAAAGCAGACUUCGAUGUGGAGAUUUGAGUAUAUUCUCUUUGGGUGAAGAUGAGAACAGCCUUACAUGAGGAACCUCCAGUGCCUUCUUGUGGAUUUUGAGGUCACUUUAUCAAUGUAUCAAUCCAUGGCUUACUUUUAUCAGCACUGAAGAACACUUUGGGGAACACUGUCAUGUUCCUUUGGAUGGAUAUGCACAUGACAGGACAUUCACUAAAACUGAUCAAAUAAGAAAGCACUUUAAUGAAUUUCAUUUCAUGUUCAAAUAAAGUCUCACUGACAGAUUUCAGUUCAGUUAAAGUGGUGUCUUCCAAGUACUGAUUUGAAGAUUGAACAGUAAUUCUUUCUAUGUGUAAUUCUAUUUAAGUUUUACUUUAACCUUAUGUUUACAUGUUGGAUGUAUAAAUUAUGUUUAGAUUUUCUCAGCAACGUAUCAAGUAUGACUUUGAUUGAUCAUGAUGCUCUCUGCUGUUGUAAUAAUAAAGAUAAAGAUGUUUUUAAUU